AUUUUUGUGAGGCUUAGAAAGAACAGAUUAAUUUCUUCCAUGGGUAGUUUGAAUGCUGCUAUGUUGACAAAAAUAACUACAUCAAUAAAUUGUGGACACAUGCUGGAGAAAGCUGUUGAUAGCAGAGCAAUAUCUGGAUUUUGGAAUCUGAGCUGUUCUCCAGCGGGUGCUGAAGUAUUUCCUAACAAGAAGCAAGAAUAUGACUUCAGUACAAUAUUGGAUUGCUUAUAUCUCUUUGUUGUUUUUGCAAGGCAUCUUUGCCUUUUAUUGGGAAUGAACAGCAAAACUGUUCUCAGGCUCUUUUUGUCCCCUUUUGAGCGUAACUGUAACUGCAUCUUCUCCCCUUUCCUCCCUUUAUUUUCCUUUCUCCAUCCCCUUUAAGUUGUAAUUCAAUCUCUUCCAACUCAUGAUCUCUUUUCUUAUUUUGGCACUGCCUCCAUGCUCUCCCUCUCAUUAGUUUAACUUGAGUUAAUUAGGAAUAGUAGGCAGCCCUCAAUCUGUUAUGUGUUAAAAUAGAACAAUCCAAAACAGAGAGGCACAGACACAACUAUGUGAUUUCAUUGUCUACGGGAGACAGAAAAACAGUGGGGAUUCCCUUAUCUAGACUAACAUCUUCCCAAUGGUUAAUCUAACUGGCUUAAAAUGUUCUGCAAAUGCAGAUUUAAGAUAACAAUCUUUUCGUGUUUCCUUUACUUUUUUUUUUUUUUUUUUUUUUUUCAUCAUUGGCAGGAAUGAGUGAAUUGGAUUGACAUGGAGGUGAUAGAGGAAGAGAAAUAGUCUACAUGUCAAAAUGACAAUGUAUAUUACAUGGUUAACAGAAUGAGUGGUACGUGCAAUGGCUACGGGUAUUUCCAUCUGCUGUGUUGUACAAUGAGCUCCUUUUUUCUCCCGUAAGUGUAUCAACAAGAUCACUCCCAAUUCAAUGCCGAUUAAGUGUUUGCUUGAAGGAUCUUUUUCUAUAAGUAAUAUUACUUCAUAAAUGUGGAACUGAAGUAAGAAUCUAAAUAUUCACUUGUUGCUAUUACCGAAUUGUAGAUAUAUAGAGGUCAUGCCUGCUACUCUGACUGUAGUGCUGAUCACAGCUCUUAGGACAGAGUGUGCUGUGGAAGUGAACUAUAACAGAUCUAAGAAAUCAAGCCCUGAUUGUAAAGCUGCCUUCAAGUACAUAAAGAACUUCAUUUAAAAUCUGAGGACCUGCCUGCUGAGAGAAAGCAAUUUUACAGGAACAUCCUCUAACUCCUCAACUGAAAAUAUGAAGAAGCAAGGUUCAGACAGCAACCCUGCUCCAGUUCUGCCAGCUCUGCCAGAACCACUCAAAGAUCUGAAAAUUAAGUACACCAAGAUAUUUAUAAAUAAUGAGUGGCAUGAUUCAAUCAGUGGUAAAAAAUUUGAAGUCUUUAACCCUGCAAAUGAAGAGAAAAUCUGUGAGGUUGAAGAAGGUGACAAGGCAGAUGUAGACAAGGCUGUUAAAGCAGCUAGAAAAGCUUUUGAGCUUGGGUCACCCUGGCGUACAAUGGAUGCUUCAGAGCGAGGAAGGCUCUUGAAUAAACUAGCUGACUUAGUUGAAAGAGAUCGGCUGAUUUUAGCUACAAUGGAAGCCAUCGAUGGUGGGAAACUCUUUUCCACUGCCUACCUAAUGGAUUUAGGUGCCUGUAUCAAAACCUUACGCUACUGUGCAGGCUGGGCUGAUAAAAUCCAUGGGCGUACUGUUCCAAUGGAUGGAAACUUCUUUACAUUUACAAGACAUGAACCUAUUGGUGUGUGUGGCCAAAUUAUUCCUUGGAACUUUCCAUUGGUUAUGUUCAUCUGGAAGGUUGCCCCUGCCCUUUGUUGUGGAAACACAGUGGUUGUCAAACCAGCAGAACAAACACCACUGACUGCCCUUUACAUGGGUUCCUUAAUUAAAGAGGCAGGAUUUCCACCUGGAGUUGUAAAUAUCGUGCCAGGCUUUGGACCCACUGCUGGAGCUGCAAUUUCUCACCACAUGGAUGUAGAUAAAGUAGCUUUCACAGGCUCUACGGAGGUUGGCAAACUGAUUAAAGAAGCUGCAGGGAAGAGCAAUCUGAAGAGAGUUACAUUGGAACUUGGAGGGAAAAGUCCUAACAUUAUAUUUGCCGAUGCAGACUUGGACACUGCCGUGGAAUUUGCACAUAUUGGUCUGUUUUACCACCAGGGACAGUGUUGUAUAGCAGGAUCUAGGAUUUUUGUGGAGGAGCCUAUUUAUGAUGAGUUUGUCCGUCGGAGCGUUGAACGAGCAAAAAAGUAUACUCUUGGGGAUCCUCUGUUGCCUACUGUACAGCAAGGCCCUCAAAUUGAUAAGGAUCAGUUUCAAAAAAUCCUGGAGCUAAUUGAGAGUGGGAAAAAAGAAGGAGCCAAACUGGAAUGUGGAGGAGGUCCAUGGGGAAACAAAGGUUACUUCAUCCAGCCAACAGUUUUUUCUAAUGUUACAGAUGAUAUGCGCAUCGCCAAAGAAGAGAUAUUUGGACCUGUUCAACAAAUCAUGAAGUUUAAAUCUGUAGAUGAAGUUAUCAAGAGAGCAAAUAAUACUACCUAUGGCUUAGCAGCUGCAGUUUUUACCAAAGAUAUUGAUAAAGCACUGACGUUUGCAGCUGCUCUUCAGGCUGGAACAGUAUGGGUUAAUUGUUAUAGUGCAGUGUCUGCUCAGUGUCCUUUUGGAGGAUUUAAGAUGUCAGGAAAUGGGAGAGAAAUGGGAGAAUAUGGCCUUCAUGAAUACACUGAAGUUAAGACUGUCACAAUCAAAAUCCCACAGAAGAACUCAUAAUGCUGCUGGAGGUGCAGAAUUUAGCAUCGUCAAACAAAUCUAAAAGGGUUAUCUGAAUUCUCAGAAGCUUUAUAUCUCAAAUUAUUCAUUAACCUUUUUGCUUUCUGAUUGUGUAAGAGUUACAUGCUUAUAUUAACAAUAUAAAGAAUAAUGUAGAAAAAAUUUAGGUGACUAACAGAGCAAAGCAAACUUUAAUGUCUGGUACAUAGCUAACUAAUUUGAAAUUCAUUGUCAUAAAGAACUAUUUUUUAUUUUCAGUGAAAAGUCUCUCUAGUGCUAUGAAAAUGCUCCUCUUUCAAUAUAUCCUACAAGU